GGGAGAAAUCCCCAAUUAUUUCUUAAAAUCUGCUCGAAUUUGUGGAAGCCCUAAAGCCUCGCGCUCUCAAUUUCGAUCGCCCGCUGCAGAGUUAUUACUUUUUCUGAAGUCUAAUCGAGUUGUAAUUGUUCUACGCAGGCGCUUUUUCUUCUCGAACCAUUCUACUUCAAGUUUUAACGGAGAUCAGGGAAAAAAAACGUAUGGCUGAAGAAGGGAGAGUGCAUCCAGAUUGCAGAAACGCAUCGAAUCCGUAUCAUGAAUGUAGUGACUACUGCUUCAAGAUUAUUGCUGAAGCAAAGAAGAAAACAAAUAAGAGCGAUACAGGAUUGCAAGGCAAUGAGAGUAAUGUACAGCCAAAUAUAGUUACCGCUCCCAAUCAGCAAGAAGACGAGAAUGAUGGAAGUGAUGGCUCUAAAGAGCAUUCUGAUGAGGAGGCUGGCGUGGAUGGUGAUGAUGGUGGGGCACAGACUCUUGCUAAUCUUACAGGGAGGCAGAAGAAAUUGUUUGAGUUGAGGAUGAAGAUGAAUGCGGCAAGAAAAGCCAAUCAGACUGCCAUGGUUGCAGAGAAGAAAAAAAUGGAAGCUCCAGUCGAAUCUAGAGGAAUUUCCAAGCAAAAAUGGCUUGAGGAGAGGAAGAAGAAAAUUGGAAAACUUCUCGAGGCCAAUGGCUUAGAUAUGAGCAAAGCAUAUAUGCUUGAUACACAGGAGAUGGCAGAGUCGAAGUAUAAGAAAUGGGAGAAGGAGCCUGCUCCUGCUGGUUGGGAUGUUUUCAAUCAAAAAACUUUGUAUAAUGCAUACAAGAAAAGGACGAAGAAUGUUGAAGUAGACCAUGACGAGUACAACCGAAUGAAAGAAGCGGAUCCAGAAUUCUAUCGAGAGGCUUCAAGUCUUCAAUAUGGAAAAGCGCCAAAUAUCUCAGAGGAGAAGAUUGACAAAAUGGUGAAAGAGCUCAAGGACAGAGAGGAGAAGUCAAGGUCCUUCAGUAGGAGGAGAAAGUACCGUGAAGAAAAGGAUAUCGAUUCAAUCAAUGACCGUAAUGAGCAUUUCAACAAAAAGAUUGAGCGGGCCUUUGGGAAAUACACUCUGGAGAUCAAGAACAACCUUGAGAGAGGAACUGCUUUGCCAGACUAAGGUAGUACUGAAUUGCUGCACCUCCGAACUGCACUUGUAUCCUAGAAGGCAACUUAUCCUUUUACAUUUGCUUUGUGUUGUCCCUGUUUCUUCCAUUGGUGUUUACUGGACUAGGAGGAAGAUGUAAAAUAUGAUUUAGAAAUUUUGACGCACAAGUGUAAAGUUAUUGUUUACAUAUGCCAUUUCUGUUAGUCCAGUGUGUCCUCAGAAUAACAGAUUGGUCCCUGAUAGAAGCAUCUGGUUGCAUUGGCAAUACACUGCUCUGGGACAAGAAAAUUCUUGGAUGAAGAUAAUUUUUUAGUACUA